AUUUACAAAAAAAGUCACAAUAUCGGCCAAUCAGAGGUCGAGUACGGUCAUGGCUGUAUAGCAAUGUGCAUUUUAUAUUUGCACACACAUGAACGCAGGACAAUCACGAUUCCUUGAUUCAUGUAUUCGAAAAGCACAUAAGUGAAACCACCAGCAGCUGCUAUGGCAUGGUCCCCGCAUAGAUUAAAUUCAAGAAACCUGUCAACUCAGACUACCGUGCUAGUUUGACGAGAAGGGGCUUCUUUCUAGUCUAGUGUCUUCUAUAAACGUUACAGCAUCUUAGACGGCCUCUUAGACUUGGUGACGUGAGCUCAGUCCGGAUUUCCUAGCCCAUGCAGCCGCAGACUAGACGCAGUGAUAUCUCCCAGUUGAAGCUCAGCAGCUGCCACAGCUAGCUAGCUAGCCUGAGCUGAACUUGACAAGAGUCGAGUCGACGCAGUUCGGUGUGCCGGUGUAGUGCGCCGUGCCUACUGCUGCACCCGUACCGCUACACGGCCGGACUCGCUCAUGUGUGAUCCGACCGGUGCGCGCAGCCCCGGCGCUGCGGUAUACGGUACCGAUACUUCCUGCCUGAGAUGAGUGUUAGGCUCAAGCUUCAGAAAAUGCCUUCGUAUUUCAAGGGUGAAAGGGAACGUUUACGUUGAAAUGCCGCAAUUUGUCUGUCGAAAUAGGACUAAUAGUACAAAGGAUACCAUUAUGUUUAUAUGAAUCAGAAUACAGUUACUUUCAACGCUUUUUAGUUUGUUUUCAUUUUAUGUGGCGAGUCUUCGAAUUUAACAUCAGACAUCAAUCAUGAUCCGGCAUAUCACAAGAAAACUAUUUUCACCGAAGUAUCUGGUUUGGACGAAUAUAGUAUCAGGAGGAAUCAUCUUAACUUGUGGAGAUGCCGUUGAACAGUAUAGAGAGAUUCUAAAGAAAAGAAAACAAAAUAAAAUACAACGAUGGAGCUUCAAAAGAUCAGGUUGCAUGUUUGCCAUCGGGAUUGCCCUAGGUCCAUUCAACCAUUACUGGUACGUGUACCUCGACCGUUUCUUUCCAGGCGUUGCAGCAUCCACCGUAGCAACAAAGAUUGUUCUUGAUGAAAUGAUUGCAUCUCCAGUACUCACCAUCUCAUUCUUAGUUGGCCUUGGUCUAUUAGAAGGGAAACCUUUGACAGAAUGUAAUACAAUGGUUAAAGAAAAGUUUCCCACAAUUUGGUUGCUUGAUUUGUGUGUCUGGCCUACUAUACAAUGGAUCAACUUCUAUUAUCUACCUCUCCGUGCUCGAGUCAUCUACGUCAACUCAGUGACCUUCCUCUGGGAUAUGUUUCUCUCCUAUAUGGUUCACGAUCACAAGACUGGAGAUGCACCCGAAGGAAGUAUACCAGAAAACACGCAUAAAUGUGCCUAACCUUAUACCGCCUAAAAGUCGUGUUUACAUGUUUUGUCAUUAAAGGUUUUAUGUACAUGUAAACCUUCAUCAUUAGAGCUGUUGUGCGAUCAAAUUGUUAUAGUUUGUUAGGCUAAUAUGUAGUAUAUUGUUCUCUUUUACACCUUGUGCAAUUUGACAGAUUCCAAAAUGUUUAUUUGCAAGACCAGCCUGAAUGUUUUAUUGGUUUUAUUACUUCAAAAAGCCUGUUGACCCCUUUUAGGGGAGUUGGACAGUAUCCUGGAAGUAAGAGAUACAUGUAAAUGUUUACCCUAGCCAAAAACUAUCGAGGCGAAUCUGAAGUGUAUUCUCAAUAAUGAUAAUAGGACAUUUCUUGUAUCGCGCAUAUAUCACUGCCCAUGGGCGUCUCUAUGCACUUAAUAGCAAAAUAGACAAAGAAAGAAAGAAGAUUAAAGCUAUUAUGUAAACUGUCUCAAUCAUAAAACUGCUUAAAGAAAUCAGUUUUGAGGCGACUUUUUAAUGCAGAGCAUGUAGAUGCCUCCUUAAUGGAAGAAGGGAUCAUAUUCCAAAGUUUAGGGGCAGCAUAACAAAAUGAUCUCUCCCCGUAGAACUUGGUCUGAACAACUGGAUACUUUAGCAGAUAUCUCUGUGAAGAUCUUAGAUCGUGAAGCGACAUAUCUUAAUAAUUUCUCUCUGAGAUAUUCAGGGGCCAAGGAAUCAAGACAUUGAUAGGAAAGUAGGGUAAACAGUAGCAAAGACAUGUAAUUUGUAAAUAUGUGACCAGUCACACCAAAACCAACCAUAAGCCGUCGAAAAUAAAUUUUUGAGAUUUUUCUUGAGUUUAAAAAAGCACAUCCUAAGCUUUCAAAUGAUUUAUAACUUGUCAAAGUGGAUCCUCACAAGUGCUUGAUUGAAUGCAGAAGAAACUAAGCAACAGCUUCAAAAAUGAGGAGAAUACAAUUUUUUAAGCUAACCCUUCACUUAAGUUUGAGGUGUGCACAUUGUGCAAUCUUCAUGAAACUCCAAGCAGUCCGCAAAUAAAAAAAUGUGUCAAAGAAAGUCUUGUAUCUUUUCUAUUCAACACUACAACAACAGUACUUAUGAAGAAGAAUUCUCUCAGAUAUAAUUUUCAGUUUUUUUAAGACCAAAUUACUAUUUUUUGCUAUUUACAGAGAACCUUUUUUUUUUCAAUUUGUUUCCCCUCCACAGGGAUUUUAUUAUUAUGGGCAAGUCCAAGAAAAGGUCACCCUUGAAGGAAAAAUUUUAUCUUUAAUUUAAGAAGUUAUCUUUGGUGGGGUAAGAAAGCCCAAAUGUUGAAUUUUAAAAUUUCAUUAAGAAAAAUUUAAUAAUAUGCAUAUUUAUGCUAAUUUGGGGCACCUAAUUUGCAUAAUUGGUAUAAUGGGCGUUACGUAUGGGACAAUUAUAAAAACUCAUAGAAAAUCAAAACAAAACUUGUGAGAUUUUGUCAUAGGUGGGACAUGGACCCCCUAACAUCUUAUUACUUUUGGGAGAAAAAAGUGGUGUCAUCUAAUUAAAUAUAUGCAAAUUAGGUCUUGUCCAAGGAUGAAAUGUCCCAUACGUAACAUUUUGAGGAUGUUUCUUUAAGUUAUUUCUCAUAAUACAAUACUUGUAUUGUUGCAUCUCUGGGAAGUUCUAAUUUAUUAAGUAUGAAAAUGUUAUACCACAAAAAGUUUCAAAAAUAUAGUUUACUUUUUAAUUAAAAGUUAAUUAAAAUAUUGUUACGUAUGGGACAACAUGUUACGUAUGGGACAUUUUAUACACACAAUGUCAAAGGGGAGAUUUGUGUACAAAGUGAAUGGAGAAUAACAAAUUUCAAGAGUGCUCUAAAAAGUGAUUAUUUACCUUUUCUUCAGUUUUUAAAGACUGAUUUGUUAUGAAUACUGAUUAAUGAAAACAAUCGAAGUGAAAAAAUCAUGAAACUGGAAAAUAUGAAGAAAAAAAAAACAUUAGAAAUACAUAAGAAAUUCAUGAAACCAUGAAAAACAAGAAAAAAAAUGUUGAAAUGGCUUAUUUCUUUUCCAGUCUUUAUCAAAUAUGUCUCAAUAAAACAUAUUAAAAGAAAAAAACUCAUUUGUUAUUUCCAUAUAUUAAAUUAUUUUAAUUUUUGAAAUUAUGGGGAAAAUUGUAUACAUUCUCUAUGGGGACAAAAUGUCCCAAACGUAACUGUCCCAUACGUGACAUGUCAUUAAUUUGUUUAAUUAGAGUCUGUAAUUAGAGGGUUUUGGCUUAUGACAUGAAACUUGCCUAAGAUAUACUAGAGUGUUGUGAGUUCUAUCACACUUAGUUACAAGUUGUCAAAUGAAAUACUUUCAGAGAAUUCUCAACUUGAAAAUAAUGUUUUAAAAAUUGUCUUUUUUUCUGCGUCCCAUACGUAACGGCACAUCUAUUCUCUCUAAAAGGUCAAAGUCAUAUGUCACCAUUUUUUGCAUGAUUAUUCUUCUCCUAGAUGUCUCCCAUCAUGAGGGUAUUCAAUCUAAUCAGUCAUUUAACACUAUUUUUCAGGUAAUUAAAGCCUCUGAAAUGUCCCAUACGUAACGCGCGCGAAUUCUUGGACUUGCCCUUAUUCAAACAUAACAAGAUAUCUUUUCAAUGACAAAUCAAAUUAAUAACAACGAAAUACAGUACAACAGUAAUUGCAACAAAUAUAUAAAUUGAACUGUCAGGUUCACAUAAUAGUAAACAAUUUAAGGAACAAGCAAGGAGUAAAUGAACAAUAAUAUUCAUAUGUAUCAUUGUACAUGGAAAGGGAACUGAACAGAUCACUUCAUGUAAACAUGGCACGUAAUUGAAACCAUUUCUUUGUAAACUUUACCAUUUUACAAUUUGACUCUGCGAUAUAUUUUUCAUUCUUGAAAUAAUUCUGAAGUGCAAAAUUGAUAUUAUCAAAAACAGGUAAUUGAUGUUUUACUCUGGAAGUGUAAAUCAUCUGUCGUAUCACUAUCAAUAAACAAUUUAAUACAUAAUUACUUGAACCUCUUAAACCAAAUAAUUUUUCUUUAUUAGAGAAAAAUAUUCUAUUUCCAGUUUUAAGAAAUAUCCAUUGUUCAAACCUGUCCCAUAUAUGUUUAAUACAUGUACAUUCACAAAGUAGAUGAGUAACUGUUUCACGGUGUACAUUACAAAAAGUACAUUCUUUUUGUUGAGCUAAAUUAAUUUUAAACAAUAUUUCAUUUGUAUAUAAAAUACGUUGCAUUAUUUUGAACUGAAACCAACGUAAAUUCACAUCGGUAGUACAACUGAAUCCAAUAGAGCAAUGCGACUGCCAUUGCUUGUCAUUCAUAUCGAAUAUACACUUCCACUUAAGAAAACUUUUACAUUCCACUUUUCUUUUCUUUUUAAGAAUCGUAUAGAUGUGUGAACAACCUUUAUUAUAUUUCAUAACAAGUGCUAUUGUAUCAGGGAUAAUAGGUUCUUGGAACUUGCUAAAGUGUGUGCCAUUGCUAAAACCGUCUCUUAUAGCAUCACAUAAUCCACGAU